AUGACCAGCGGGACACGCUGGAGACCUUCGUCUACGACUCCCGCAGCCGACGAUGAGAGCCACAGCGCCUCGUCUCCAAUCUCUGACGUGUUUACGGACAUGCUGAACGUGAACGAAGACCUGAUCGUGGCGACAGCGGAAUGCCAAGCGGACGGAGACGUCGGAGGGCUAUUAGCUUACCAUCGCAUUCUGCAUCGCGAUCUCAUGGAAAUGGCCGAGUUUAUUGACUCCAUGUACGGGGUCUACAGCAACGUCAGCACCAGUAGCUGUGCUGUCAGUGAGAGCACGAAGAAGAGCGACGAGCCGGAGUUUAACGUGGUCGACUUGACGAUUGACGAUGUCGAGGACAAGGCAACACCUGCUCUUGCUGCAGGAAAGUCUCGUGGUUCUAUUGAGGAGAAAGGAGCGAAGAGAGAGCAAUUGCAGCGUGGUGCGUUGCUUGCAGCUAUUGAGGCUGGAGAGAAGGAGCGCGAGACGCUGCGCUCGAAAGAGCAGUGGAUCAAGUCGCGACACCAAGUCCUUGAAGAGGAAAGUGUCAGUGCAAUCAUGAACGAAAACGCCAUUGGCAUGCUGGAGGUCGCUAACGUGCAGUCGGGAGGGAGCGAGGUGCAACAAGGGGGUGGAGGGCUGGCACUAGUGAAUCAGUUGCGGGCCCAUCAACAGGUUACUGCGUUCCUGCAAGCUGCUAACGAGACGGCUGGAGCAGGUCCCUCGACGCCAAUGCACAUGCUACUUGCUCAGAAGUUAGCUAUGCCUACAGGCCCUCCACAUUUGGCAGUUCCUGCGCAGAGUUUAUCCGUGGCGACCCCUGCUGCUGUUGAAAAGCAAAUCAAGCCGAGCGUGGGAGGAACCGGUAUCCCCAAGCUCCCGCUGCCACCCGCACAUUCCGUGGUCAACAAGCUCUAUCCUUUUUCCGACACCAUGCCACUGUUGUUUUAUCCGCAACCUCCUGCGGUGUAUAUGCCAAUGUCGCCGUGGCAGUCACAGCUGCAUUUAGCUUUACCAGCUCGAACUGCGGUACUCACUCGGCCUCCAGCUAAAAAGCCCGAGUUCAAACGAAUGUGUGAAUCGUGCCGCAAGCGGCAUUUCAGUGUUCGGCAGUGCCGUCUUGUGCUUCAGCAUACGGAUCCCGAGUGGCAGCCUGCAAAACCGCCAGUAGACCGUCGACGAAGACGGAAGUAA